AUGGACGACGACAUUUCCGCCUCGUUUGGCUUUGGAUCGUUUGGAAAGCAGAAGAAACAGAAAAAGGACGAGACUCCGCUGUUCGAUGACAUCCGACGGCCAGUGGAUUCAGGUCCCAGUCCCGCUCUUGAGCGCUCAGUCCCGUCACCUGGCCCCUCCAAACCUCUGCCAACAAAUUCCUCGGAUUCAGUACGCCCCCCGCGCGUAGAAGACGACGACGACGCGGAUGAAUAUGGUAAUGACGAUGAAGACGACGCAGGAAACGCGUCGCUCUUCCCCAUCUCCCACGAGGCCACGCUCAAAGAGCACAAAAAGGUCGUCACCGCGCUCGCGUUGGACUCGUCUGGCGCACGCUUUGCAACGGGCUCGCACGAUUACGAUGUAAAACUAUGGGAUUUUGGUGGUAUGGGUGGUGGCGUUGGAAGGCCGUUCAAGUCAUUUGAGCCGGCAGAAAACUAUUAUGUCAACGACCUCAAGUACUCAGUAGCUGGCGACCAGUUACUGGUGAUUUCAGGAACAACUCAGGCUAAAAUAUACGACCGUGAUGGUGAAGAACUUCAGACGUACAUCAAAGGGGAUCCAUACAUCCGGGACAUGAAGAACACUGCGAUAUGGGAUGUCGAGAACAAAAGAAAGCAGAAGACGGUCAUUGUGGUCAAAUCCAAAGAACGUGGGGCAAGAACGAAAAUAUCCAGUUGCUCUUAUUCGCACGAUGGUUCGUUGAUCGCCGCGGCUUGCCAUGAUGGUGCACUCCACUUAUGGUCGACGAGCUCCAAUUUUGUUCGCCCCAACAUGUCGAUGGAAAAUGCACACGCCAAGGGGACGGACACGAGUUCCCUUGUACUUUCUAUGGAUGGGAGAACCCUGCUCACUCGAGGAGGCGACGAUACAGUCAAGACCUGGGAUAUUCGGGCAUUCAAGAAACCACUCUACACCGUCGGCGGCCUGACCAAUCUCUACCCAGGUAUGAAUGCCAUUUGGAGCCCUGACGAGAAGCACGUCGUUGUUGGAUCCGGGACACCCCCAGUGAAUGGACGCGCAGCAGGCGGAAGAUUAUUAUUCCUCAAACGGGAGGGAUUGACAGUUGCCGAGCAAAUCGAUAUGAGCAGCUGCGUAGUCCGAAUAGUUUGGCAUUCCAAGAUCAACCAGAUUUUUACGACUCACGCCGAUGGGUCAGUUCACAUCCUAUAUUCACCGCAUUCGAGCACGAAUGGCGCAAAGCUCCUGAACCGACAACGGGAUAAACGUGGACCGACGAUUGAAGAUGCGUCUGCCGCGCUGCAAAUGGCACCAAUUGUCGCACCCGACGAAAACUUCCGCGAAGAUGAUUUGAGUGUGUUUGGCGUGGCGGGCACGAAACGCAAGAGGGAGAAGAAUGCUCCGCCGGAUCCACGAAAGGCGUUUAGGCCAGAGUUACCCGUUACGGGUCCCGGUCGUGGUGGACGGGUUGGAGCUAGUGCGACGCAGCAUGUCGUACAGAAUUUGGUGCGGGAUACGAUGAGGGAUGAAGACCCACGAGAGGCAUUGUUGCGCAUUGGAAAGACGGUUGACAAUGAUCCGCAGUGGACCAAAGCGUGGCGAGAAAAUCAGCCCAAGCCAGUGUUCCGCGAGGUCGAAGAGGACGACGAAAAGAGCUAG